GCGUCGGGGGCGGCGGGUCACGGCGACCCCUGGGGGCAGCCGGGGCCUGGUGGGGCCGGGCCGCCGCCGGAGCUCCGUGCCGGGGUUCUCCGGUUCCCGGGCGGGGAUGGGAUUCACUCCCGCACGGCCGUGGUCGGGUGCCGCUGGCUGCCCGCGGGGAAGAGCCGCCGCCACGCCUGCGGGGUUUGAACCUUGAGCCUCUGGUCCUGAUGAGAUUGCGCCUUCUCCAAGUUGAUGACACUCGGAGCUGCGGGCGCCGGAAGGUGGUGCGGUCCGAGAGCGGUCAGCGCGGCGCUGCGAGGCAGGCGAGCGUGAACCGGACUCCAGGAUACCGCCCAGGACCUGAGCCGCGGCUCUGCCUUCCGGACACCUGCCUCACCGGCAGGGAAUACUAGAGAUUAAAAUGGCUUCCAGAGGAAAGACAGAGACAAGCAAAUUAAAGCAGAAUUUAGAAGAACAGUUGGAUAGACUGAUGCAGCAAUUACAAGAUCUGGAGGAAUGCAGGGAGGAACUUGACACUGAUGAAUAUGAAGAAACCAAGAAGGAAACUCUGGAACAACUAAGUGAAUUCAAUGACUCGCUGAAGAAAAUUAUGUCUGGAAAUAUGACUUUGGUAGAUGAACUAAGUGGGAUGCAGCUGGCUAUUCAGGCCGCCAUCAGCCAGGCCUUCAAGACCCCAGAGGUCAUCAGAUUGUUUGCAAAGAAACAGCCAGGCCAGCUUCGGACGCGGUUAGCAGAGAUGGAUAGAGACCUGAUGGUAGGAAAGCUGGAAAGAGACCUGUACACACAACAGAAAGUGGAGAUACUAACAGCCCUCAGGAAACUGGGAGAGAAGCUAACUGUAGAGGACGAGGCCUUCUUGUCAGCAAAUGCAGGUGCUCUGCUUAGCCAGUUCGAGAGAGUCUCUGCGGACCUGGGCUCUGGAGAUAAAGUCCUUGCUCUGGCAAGUUUUGAAGUCGAAAAAACAAAAAAAUGACAUGGCGUGGAAGCUCAUGACAUGGGUCACAUCCGUAUUAAAUGUGGUUUUUUCUUCCUGAGGAGUUUGAGUCAUUGCAAAGAAACAGGUUCUCUAAAUGCAUUAAUUGCCCAAGAAAAAGUGACAUAAAAACACCCUUGUAACUUCUGCUUGUGCUUACUGUUGUGCUUCGUGUAGGGCUGCCUGCUUAGGUGAUCCCAGAUUUGCUGGGACAGAGGGACCACUGGGCUUUAUUUGUUAUGAUUUUUCUGCUUUUUAAAAGAGACAACAAAAAUGGAUUUCCUGUUUUUAUUUAGGCUUCUUGGUUUUUAGUGCUUUUAGUGAAUGAAAAGAUGUGAACUGUGGAUCCUUUGGUGGUUCCAGCUUACCCAGUCGUGGGAGUAAACAGCACGGAAGAUGGGCCUCAUGUGUGUUCACAGAAUUUUAGAGCCCUGUGCCAUCUUACAAGUCAUUUUCCUUUUACAAACAAGGAAACAGACUCAGAAAGCAAGCUGCUUCUUCAAGUCACUCUAGAAACGGAGCUGGAAGUCAAACUCAGGUGCCCCGACUAGUAUCUGUUGAGUUUUAUUUCUUUAUUCUGAACCGUUAUUUUUAAAAAUAAUUACAUAUUUGUGAUUAGUGUUUCUGAAAACCCAAUGUCCCAAUCAAAAGUUGAGUCUACACUAACGGACCUUCUGCCUGUAAACUCUGAAUGAGUGGGGCCCAUUGUGUCUGUGAAUGUUGGAGCUUGGAACAAUGGGAGCGCUGUUGAGUCUCCUGAAGUAACCUAGCCUCCCGUGCUUUUUAACCAGAGAAGCAAUAGAGGCCCUCCCUGUGGUGACCUCCUGCCAGACUCCGCGGGUGGUAAUAGGCAGCUGCUAUGUGCUCUUCAGUUUUUGGAGAAACACAAAGUAAGUUAUGAGGAGAAGCUGAGUUUCUCUCCCGAGCAUUUGUCUCUGCAUGAUGAAAUCCAUAGAAAAGUCUGAGUGCGUGUAUAUUCGCUGAUUUCCUAGCUGUGACCACUUUAUAGUCCUUCAGUGUUUCUCAAUAUUAUUUGACUUUGUACAAAUUAAAGACAUUUUUAAAGUUUCUUAAAUAAUAUAAGCUCUACUAGGUGCUUUGCCAACUGAACAAAUUAGGGGACCUCAGCUACAUUAAUGCCUUAUUUGGAACUUGGAAUAGGUAAUUUUUAUGUGUUGGUUAUGACCAUCAAAAACUCACUGAAAUUGUGACAAACUAAGAAAACUCAAAUUACCUGCUUUUCAUUUUUGACUUCAUGGUAAAGCAUCAUUAUUUUAUUUAUUACAUUUUUAAAUGGAAGUGAAACUCAUGUAACACAAAACUCACUAUUUUAAAGUAUCUAAGUCAGGACAGGCAUGCUGUGGCAAGUUAAGCUGCUGCCUGCAGUGCCCAUAUUCCAUAUCAGAGUGCCAGUUCCAAUCCCAGCUCCUCUGCUCCGAUUCAGGUUCUUGCUAACGUGUCCUGGAAGACAGUAGAGGACGGCUCAGUACUUGGGUCCCGGCCACCCUUGUGGGAGGCCUGGAUGAGGUUCCUGGUUUCCACCUGAUCCAGCCCUGAUUGUUGCAGGUGUUUGGGAAGUGAGCCAGCAGAUGGAAGAUUCUUGCUGUCUCUCUGUUGCUCUGCCUUUCAAUUAAAUAUAAAUAAAACAUUCAAAAAUAAAGUAUACAAUUCAAUGACAGCUAGUACUUCCACAGAACUGUAUAAAUAGAACCACUAUCUAGUUCUAAAAUAUCUUCAUCACCUCACCUCCAAAGGAGAUACUUUUUUUAAAAGAUGGCUAGAUCAUUAUUUUUUUUUAAGAGGCAAGAGAGACAAAUUAGAGAGCUCACAUUCACUCGUUCACUCCCCAGAUACCUAUGUCAGCCAUGGCUGCAGUCAAGGGAACUCAUUUGAUGUCUCCCUCAUGGAUGGGAGGAACCCAGUCAUUUGGUCCAUCAAGAUUGCUUCCAAGGUCUGCAUGUUCAGGAGACUGGAAUCAGGAGCCAGAGAUGGGUAUCAAACCCACGCACUCUGACAUCCCCCCGGGACCCCAUACUUAAGAAAGCAGUUAUUCCCCCGUCCUCCCUCAGCCUUCCAGCAACACUAAUCUGCUCUCUGUCUCUGGAUUUACUCAUUGCAGAUAUUUCAUAUAAAUGGAAUCAUAUCAUACAUAGCUUUUUUGAGAUAACUUUUCACUAGUGUAUUUUCAAAGUUGAUCCAUAUUGUAGCAUGUAAUCCAUUCCUUUACAUGGUUGAAUAGCAUUUCAUGGUGUUGGAUGCUACAUUUUGUUUACCCAUUUCAUCUGUGGGUGAACACUGGAGUCGUUCCACCUUUUGGCUGUUGUGAAAAGUGCUGUUCCUGAAUAUUAGUGUACGUGUAUGUGUUCUCAGUAUUUCAGUAUUUUUGGGUAUAUGCCUUGUAGUAGAAUUGCUGUGUUUGUUUUUUAAACUAUAGCAAGAUUCUCCUCCCCUAACUCCUGCUCUCCCCUCACCCCCAGAAGUAUGCCAGGAAAUUCUGGAUUAUUUUGCAUCUGAAAGGGGCCUGUGAAUCCGGAAUCCUUAAUCUUGGUUUCCCUUAACCUUCCUAUGAGACUUGCAUCAGUGAAGCACUUGGUCACUGCUGGAUCACAUUCAUGCCUUCAGUGUCAAGUUAGCUUUCUUUCCCAGAGGCCCAGCUUGCAGUGCUGCGUGACACUGAGGCAUGGCUGUGGCCUUUGAGAGGCUACUUAGUGUAUCUGAGCCUCGUUUUUCUUUUCUGCUCAUUGGGGAUAUAAGACCUACCUCAUAGGAUUGUUGUUUAUUCCCCUUUCUUCCUUAGUACAGAAAAAAAGUUUUGCAUUGGAGCUAAUCUAUCACUCAACAACUCUUCUAAGCGCCAUAGAAAAAUAAGUUGAAAAGAGAGUAAAUUCUAUGCAAUUAUAAUUAGUAUUAAGUGACUUAUAAACUGUGUUUCCUGUUCAUAUUUUGCUACAUUAAUCUUCUAGUUUUUUAUAUCUCUUCAGAGACUGAAGGUUGCAGUAAAGCUAAGGCAGCUAACUGUUCAACAGGCUUGGGUCAAUGCUUAUUUUGGUGAAAAAAAUUCCUGCAUUUCUAAAAGAACUGGGGCUGAGACAGAAAUAGUUCCAAUGGGUGAGUGUCCAAAUUGGCUGUUUAAUGAAAAACUAAUAAUUUGAAACAAUUCCUGUGUUUCAGUGUUUUGUUUUUAUCCUUUGAGUAGUAAAACAGCUAUUCUGGGUGGUGGUUUUUCAGGAAAAAACUUACAUGUAGAAUGAGAAGUUACUCCUAGGAAAAAGCUGGAGAUGGGACAAAUGGACUGUUACCUUUGUUAGAUCUUUUAUUGUGGACUUUUAGCCAUGGAAAGAUCAUUUUUUAGCAAAAUAAAAGGCUGUGCUAUUCUGCCAUUGAAAUGAUAUCUUAUUACAGCGAAUGAUGGACAAUUUGAAAUUAUUACAGAGAAAAUAAACCAAGACCAUGUUGCCUAGAGUCAACUA